CUUAGCAACAUCUCUUUUGAUCUAACCCUGUCAAUCAUCAUCCAUUAAUUUGUUUAUAGAUUCAAUUUAGAAUCUUUUCCUUGGGUCCAUUCGAAAGCCCUUCUUCUGAAGGAUAUCCUACCCGAAUUCCAGCCCUUAAAAAAAACAUUUUUGAUAUAAAGUCUGUCAAAUCUUUUACAACAAUACAACGCGCCGUCAUAACUCCUUCCUCAACUACUCCCUCCUACUACUCCCCCCAUUAGCCCCUUCACUAACACCUCAUCAUGGCUAUCUUGCGCUCCCCAAUCAUCCAAAAACCAUACCAACUCUUCCAUUACUACUUCCUUCUGGAAAAAAGACCCGGCUCAACGUUAGCAGACCUCAAUUUCGAAACAAAUCCAAAAUACUCCAUCCAAAAAUUUAAAUCUCAUCCAUGGACUAUCCAAGAAGUUUGUCAUUACUCCUUCUUACUGCUGAUCAUCUUCUUUGUGUUCAUAAUAUUCCCCGCCAAUUUCUUCUUGAAAUUGCUCAUCUUAUCGUCGUUUGUGCUGUGCUUUUUAAUUCCAUUAACUUCACAAUUUUUCGUUCAUGCCUUGCCAAUUUUCACUUGGUUAGCGCUAUUUUUCUCUGCUGGCAAGAUCCCUAACCUGUGGAAACCUGCCAUUUCCGUCAAGGUCUUACCAGCAAUGGAAACUAUCAUGUAUGGUGAUAAUUUAUCUAAUGUUUUGGCCACCAUUAACACCGCCUUUUUGGAUAUUUGGGCUUGGUUACCUUAUGGUAUCCUUCAUUUUAGUGCCCCCUUUGUCGUGGCUGCCUUUAUCUUUGUGUUUGCUCCCCCCACUUCUCUUAGAUCUUAUGGGUUUGCCUUUGGUUAUAUGAAUUUAUUGGGAGUAAUGACUCAAAUUUUCUUCCCAGCAGCUCCUCCUUGGUAUAAAAAUGCUCAUGGUUUAGAACCUGCUGAUUAUUCAAUGCUGGGUAGUCCGGGAGGAUUAGGAAGAAUCGAUGCUUUACUUGGAAUUGAUAUGUAUACUUCAACUUUUUCAAAUGCCCCCGUUGUAUUUGGAGCUUUCCCCUCGUUACAUUCAGGUGCUGCCGUCUUGGAUGUUUAUUUCUUAUGUUGGCUUUUCCCCAAAUAUAAAGUCCUUUGGUGGGGGUAUGCCCUGUGGUUAUGGUGGAGUACCAUGUACCUCACCCAUCAUUAUUUCAUCGAUUUGAUUGGUGGUGCCGUCCUUUCCCUCGUGGUGUUCAAUUACACCAAAUAUAUGCAUUUACCAAUGAUAAAUCAUUCAAAUUUCUGUCGUUGGACUUAUACUCAAAUUGAAAAAAUCGAUGUGGCCAAUUCAGAUCCUCUUUCCGCUUAUUCAAGUCUUCCUCAUGCUUAUGAUCUUGAAACUGGCUUACCAUCUGAUUCUUCAAUUACUUCUUCCAAUUUCUAUAACCAUCCUUCUGUUGAUGCCGUCCAUGGUUCAUCUCCCUCCGUCAAUGAAUUCGAAAUGUCUACUCUUUCCAGAUCAAGACAACCUUCAAGAUCUUUGGCUCCCCCCACCCUGGCAGCAGAUUCUCUGACUCUGGCCCUGGCCCAAAUCGGGAUUUCCUCCGCUGCCUUGAGAUCUACCUCCUCUUUAAACAUUGCUCAUGAAGAAGAAGAAGAAUCCAUCCAAGCUUCAGAAACUUUGUCCCAAUCCUCCAUGGAACAUAGUGCAGUUCCAUCUGUCUUUGAAGGAGAACAUGGCAACGCAAGAUCGAUCAGUUCGAACGCUUCCACCACGUCUUUGGAAGAUGAAGCUCCUCAAUCUUCAGUUGUCACUCCUGCUGCUGCUGGCACCACCCCAACCGUGCAACCCAAAAAGCAACAAACCAAGAAGCUGAAGAAGAAGCUGUCCAAGAACAGCAGAUAAGCCGUCUCUCGCCGCCCCAUAUAUAAACCCAGUACUAAUGCUUCCCCUGCAACGUUAC